AUGACCCACUGCUGCUCCCCUUGCUGCCAGCCCACCUGCUGCAGGACAACCUGCUGUAGGACCACCUGCUGGAGGCCCACCUGCUGCAGCACACCCUGCUGCCAGCCCAGCUGCUGCCAGCCCUGCUGCCCCCCAACUUGCUGUCCAACCACCUGCUGCAGGACCACCUGCUGGAAACCCACCUCUGUCACCACCUGCUGCCGCACACCCUGCUGCCAGCCCAGCUGCUGUGUGUCCAGCUGCUGCCGCCCCACUUGCUGUGGCACCUCCUGCUGCCAGCCCAGCAGCUGUGCACCUGUCUACUGCACCAGGACCUGCUACCAGCCCACCUGUGUCUGCCUGCCUGGCUGUCUGAACCUGGGCUGUGGAUCCAGCUGCUGCCAGCCAUGUUGCAGGACCACCUGCUGCAGGACCACCUGCUGGCAGCCCACCUGUGAGACCACCUGCUGCAGCACACCCUGCUCACACCCUGCUGCCAGCCCAGCUGCUGUGUGUCCAGCUGCUGCCAGCCCUGCUGCCGUCCCUCUUGCUGUGGCACCUCCUGCUGCCAGCCCAGCAGCUGUGCACCUGUCUACUGCACCAGGACCUGCUACCAGCCCACCUGCGUCUGCCUGCCUGGUUGUCUGA